AUGAAGCGAACAUUGACAUGCCUUUUAACUUGCGGCACCUUGGCCCUGGUCAAUCUUUUGGCAAUUGCAUCGCUAACAUGCUCUGCAAUUGCCACGAGGCCAGGUAUGGGUAAUUUACGUUAUAGGUUGGCGCGAAGAAAAAAUUUCGAUCCAACCAAAAAUGGCAAGUGUGGCAGGGAAUGCAGGAAGGUGACUGAUGGGAUCGAAAAUUCUAUUCCGAAACCGGUAAGAUUCAUAGUUAGGUUUCCCCAAAAGAACACACCUAUAUCGUUCCUUCAAAUGAAAACGAUUGUCAGUAAUGAUUACGUGAGUAAUAAGGGGGUUGACGUUGUGACGCUGCCACACCUAAGAGUACAUAUCAUGGAACCCUCGCCGGAAAGUACGCCAGAAGAUCUAGAAUCCGUUCGACAAUAUCUUAUCAACCAUGGUAUUAACGUAGAGGAUGAUGAUACAGUUUAUCUGACUUCUGCUGGUGAUUAUAAGAUCGCAUCAACAUCCACCGCAGCCAAUCUAUCAAACCGUGAGAAUCCCACUGGCAAUUACGGGAGCCACGUGAAAUCUCAAGAAAAACAAACUAACGGUAAUAAGAAAAAACCCAAAGUUGGCAAUGGUAAAAAAGCAAAAAAGCACAACAAAGUUAAAAGGUCAGUGGACGAAAACAGAAGCGAAGCACCUAAGGAUGAGAACAGAGGAGAAGCACCUAGGGAUGAGAACAUAGGAGAAGCACCUAGGGAUGAGAACAGAGGAGAAGCACCUAGGGAUGAGAACAGAGGAGAAGCACCUAGGGAUGAGAACAGAGGAGAAGCACCUAAGGAUGAGAACAGAGGAGAAGCACCUAGGGAUGAGAACAGAGGAGAAGCACCUAGGGAUGAGAACAGAGGAGAAGCACCUAGGGAUGAGAACAUAGGAGAAGCACCUAAGGAUGAGAACAUAGGAGAAGCACCUAAGGAUGAGAACAUAGGAGAAGCACCUAAGGAUGAGAACAUAGGAGAAGCACCUAAGGAUGAGAACGACCCAAAUAAAACAAAGGAUACUGCUGCAGCAAAUAAUGGAGGCGAUAAUAACCAGGAGGAACCGCCGAACCGUGGAAACAAGACAGAGGCAACAAACGAUUCGGACACGGAGGAGAGGCCAGAAAUUAAAAAGGAAAAGGAGGUGUUCACAUAUGCUAAACAACAAUGGUAUAUAAGUACUAUGCAGAUCAGCAUAGCGAUGGAAAAAUUGAGAACCCUCAAAACCUCACCUAUAAAAGUUUGCAUAAUAGAUACUGGAGUAGAUUAUAACAACAAGUCUCUAUUGCAUGCAUUCGUGCCUGGUAACGAACAACCUGAAGGAAACGGUGAAGAGGCGAAUGAACCAGAGUAUGGCAUCGAUGCCAUUGAGGAAACCUACGACCCAAUGGAUCAGCAUGGUCAUGGAACAGCCAUUGCAGGGUUGAUUGCCGGUAGGAUGACAGAUGGUUACGGGAUAACUGGUGUAAACCCUGAUGCACGUAUCAUAGCCUGUAAAGCGUUUGACACGGAACUCAAAGGAAGGUUAAGUAAUGUGCUGAAGUGCAUCAACUACUGUAUUGACCGAGGCGCAGAUGUCCAGAAUCACAGUUGGACCUUGCCUGGAUCCAGCUUAACUCUUUUAAACGUGUUCAAGAUUUUAGAACGAAAGGGGGUGCUUGUGACGGUGUCUGCCGGCAAUAUGCUGCCUGGCGGUCCCAAAGAACCGGAUAUAAGACUCGAACAUGUAGUGCCUGCAACGUACACUUCAUUCUUUUCUAAUAUGGUAACCGUAGCGGGUUUUCAGCGAGUGAGCGAAGAAGUAAUGGCAGAUCGCAUUUCCAAGUGUAAAUCGAGGCGGGCGAGAUCUGAUACGUGUGUCUCCAGUAGUUUGGAGCCUUACGAGAUGUAUUCUAACACACAAUAUGGAAUACACAUAUGUCAACUCGUGGCGCCUGCCAAAGAUCUCUAUACCCUAGGAUUGAACAAUACAAUGGUUAUGGUCGAAGGUGCGUCGUUUGCGACUGGAAUUAUGUCGGGUAUAGGAUCUCUAAUGCUCUCUGCAGUAUUUCAUAAUCUAAUGGUGGCUCCAACGGUGCUUCCGCAGUUCUUUAGACACAGUAUAAUGAAACUAAAGGAUGCCCAAGGCAAGGUACGUUGGGGAGGAUACGUCAAUGCUCUGCUCGCCUUGAAUAAUAUAAGCGCAUACAUUGAUCAUCACCAUAGGAAACUGAGAAAACGUAGGGCUCUGUUGAAUCAGAAAAGGAUGUAG